AGACAUGACAGCCUCCCGCCAAAUUUAAAAAUAAAAAAUUAACGUAAAGUUAAAAAUAGAGAUGUUUAAUUUUCUUAAAAUAAAUAUCUGACUAAAAUGCAAUUAGUUAGUUUCACAUCUGAAAAUGGAAAAUAAAUUACAUUUUCAAAAGCAUCUGAUCAAAUAAACAAACAGUUAUGAAAAAAGCCAAGGGAAAAGCGGUCGGUGGUACCUCAUCCAAGCCUCUAUGCGACUGCCCAACAUGCAAGUGCAAGAAAUGUCCAGACGUUGUAAAGCUCCUAUCAGUAUCUCUUACCGAUAGCAAGCCUACUGUAUCAAAACUAAAGAAAGGCAAGGAAAAGAAACGCAAACUCAAUAUAACAGAGUCAAAACCAUCAAAUUCUAGUUUAUUGGGCAUUUUAAAGGAUAGAAAUGAUUGUAACUGCGAAGUCGUUGCUAAAGCUGUACAAGAUGAUGUGCAUAUGAACCUUGGUAUGUCAAAUAAAAGAACAGAAGUUAACAGGGCAGAUAAUAUUGAGGAUACAGAUUAAUAUAAACUAUUAGUAAAUUUGAACACUACUCGAAUACUCUUUUGGAUUG